CAACCAUUCCGCACAUGCUCCAACAGCAGCCAUCAGCGUAGGGUGUCAAGCUGUCCAGUCCAGGCCCCAGCCUCUCUCCCCUCCCACGGACACACGGUAGCAGUACACACUGCUAACCAACAGUAAUAGCAAUGGGAGCAGCAUUUCUAAUUUCCCCUAAUCCCAUCACUACCCUCUUUGUUGUUUUCUGAAGCGACUGGCCUCAUUUGGUGUGAGAACAGCGCAUCGCAUUGGGAGGAGUAGGAGUGCUAGACAGCAGUACCAGCCUACCAGAGAAACAUAGGAAAUUGUCCUGAGAGGUGGUACAGAUGGCUGACAUUGAAGCUGGCAUGGUUGUCACUGAUUCUGAUAGUUCAAGAAGGUCACGAGAUGACACUGCCACGUUAAUACCAAACAGCGGCAAUUUAGAAGGUUCAAGCCACAGGGCUACAAAGGCCACCAGGUUCAAAGACGAUGACGAGGUUGUCGAGAUUACCCUCGAUGUACAACGUGAUUCAGUGGCAAUCCAAGAUGUCAGGGCGGUUGAUGAUGGUGGCUCAGCGCAUAGCGGUGGGUUUGAUGGCCUGUCAUUGGUGUCACCUUCCUCAUCAAGGGGUGGCAAGCUGUCAUCGAAACUGAGGCAGGUGACUAAUGGGCUAAAGCUGACGAAUCCGAGCAAGAAGGCGCCACUGCCACAGACACCGGCGCCAAAGGUCGUAAGGAAGAGAUAUGACCGAAGCAAGAGUACGGCCGCGGUGGCACUCAAAGGGAUGCAGUUUGUGACUGCGAAAGUUGGCAAUGAUGGCUGGGCUGCGGUGGAGAAGCGAUUCAAUCAUCUGCAAGUCGAUGGCAUGCUGCUUCGUUCGAGAUUUGGGAAAUGCAUUGGAAUGGAAGGGUCUGAUGAUUUUGCAAUGCAAAUGUUUGAUUCAUUAGCGAGGAAGAGAGGAAUAGUGAAGGAAGUCCUCACUAAGGAGGAGCUCAAAGAAUUCUGGGAGCAACUUAGUGAUCAGGGUUUUGACAACCGUCUCCAGACAUUCUUUGACAUGGUUGACAAAAAUGCUGAUGGAAGAAUCACGGCAGAGGAAGUUAAAGAGAUUAUUGCCCUUAGUGCAUCAGCAAAUAAACUUUCCAAGAUCAAGGAGCGAGCUGAUGAGUACACAGCCCUCAUAAUGGAAGAGCUUGACCCUAACAACUUGGGCUACAUAGAGCUCGAAGACUUGGAGGCACUAUUGCUGCAGUCGCCAUCUGAAGCUGUUGCAAGAUCAACGACCACCCACAGCUCAAAACUUAGCAAAGCUCUUAGCAUGAAGCUUGCACCUAGCAAGGAAAUGAGCCCACUUCGCCAUUAUUGGCAGGAGUUUUUGUACUUCCUAGAAGAAAACUGGAAGCGGAUAUGGGUCAUCACUCUCUGGCUCUCCAUCUGCAUCGCCCUUUUCAUUUGGAAGUUCAUCCAGUAUCGUAACCGAGCUGUAUUUCACAUUAUGGGCUACUGUGUUGCCACUGCAAAGGGUGCUGCUGAGACCCUGAAAUUUAAUAUGGCACUAGUCCUUCUUCCUGUCUGCAGAAAUACAAUCACUUGGAUUCGAUCCAAGACAAAGGUUGGAGCUGUUGUACCGUUCAACGACAACAUAAAUUUUCACAAGGUAAUAGCAGCAGGUGUUGCAGUUGGUGUUGCUUUGCAUGCAGGUGCUCAUCUGACAUGUGAUUUUCCUCUCCUGCUCCAUGCAAGUGAUGCAAAAUAUGAACCAAUGAAGCCUUUCUUUGGGGCCACAAGGCCACCAAAUUACUGGUGGUUUGUAAAAGGAACUGCAGGGUGGACAGGUAUCUCCAUGGUAGUGCUCAUGUCAAUUGCUUUUGUAUUAGCCCAGCCAUGGUUCCGGCGUAACAAGCUCAAGGACACUAAUCCACUCAAGAAGUUGACUGGUUUCAAUGCCUUUUGGUUUACACACCACCUAUUUGUUAUUGUGUAUGCCCUGCUCAUCGUCCAUGGAACAAGUUUAUAUCUAACGAAGGAGUGGUACAAGAAAUCGACGUGGAUGUACAUUGCUUACCCUGUCUUCUUAUAUUCCUGUGAGCGCAUUGUUCGGUUAUUUAGAAGCCAUGAUGCAGUUAAGAUUCAGAAGGUUGCGGUAUAUCCAGGGAAUGUGUUGGCUCUUUAUAUGUCCAAGCCACCUGGUUUCAGAUACCGGAGUGGGCAGUACAUCUUUAUAAAUUGCCGUGCCGUAUCUCCAUAUGAAUGGCACCCAUUUUCCAUUACAUCGGCACCAGGAGAUAAUUACCUUAGUGUCCACAUUCGCACAAGGGGUGAUUGGACUUCUCGGCUUAGGACUGUGUUUUCUGAGGCUUGUCGCCCCCCUGCCGAUGGAGAAAGUGGACUUCUUAGAGCUGACCUCUCCAUGGGAGUCACUGACAGCAAUGCAAGAUUCCCAAAACUUUUGAUUGAUGGACCAUAUGGCGCUCCAGCACAAGAUUACCGAGAGUAUGAUGUGCUAUUGCUCAUCGGACUUGGUAUUGGAGCCACUCCUUUGAUCAGCAUUGUGAAGGAUGUGCUUAACCACAUCCAGCGUGGGGGGUCUGUUGGUGGUACAGAGCCUGAAGCCAGCGGCAGGGCAAAGAAGAGGCCAUUCAUGACGAAGAGGGCCUACUUCUACUGGGUCACUAGGGAAGAAGGCUCCUUUGAAUGGUUCAGAGGGGUGAUGAAUGAGGUGGCUGAGAAGGAUAAGGAUGGAGUUAUCGAGCUCCACAACCACUGCUCAAGUGUGUAUCAGGAAGGCGAUGCUCGUUCUGCCCUCAUUGUCAUGCUCCAAGAGCUCCAACAUGCAAAGAAGGGGGUUGAUAUCUUGUCUGGAACCAGUGUCAAGACUCACUUCGCCAGGCCUAAUUGGCGAAGUGUCUUCAAGCGUGUCGCGGUCAACCAUGAGAAUCAACGCGUUGGGGUUUUCUACUGUGGCGAGCCUGUUCUCGUGCCACAGCUUCGGCAGUUGUCGGCAGAUUUCACCCACAAGACGAAUACAAAGUUUGAGUUUCAUAAGGAGAACUUCUGAUGGUACAACUUAUAUACCAACAUGUGUCCAGGGUCUGGUUCAUCAUGUGCAUUAUACGGUUUGUAAGGGUAGAUGAAUAAAACUGGAGUUGUUUUGCUUAGCCUUGUGCCCAGACAUAUUUACUAGCAUGUGACGUUAAACUUA